AUGGCCAUCGAAGUGAUCCGAGCGAAGGUGGUGGGGGAGAUGGAGGUGGAUACUGGGAAUGAUAUCUAUGGGAACCCCAUCAAGAGGAUCCAGUAUGAGGUCAAGCAGAUCAAGAUGUUUAAGGGUCCUGACCAGGACAUUGAGGCGAUCUUCACUUCACCGGUCUCUGCUGUGUGUGGCGUUACCUUGGAUACUAGCGGCAAGAAGGAGUACCUAAUAUCCGGUAAGGCUAGUCAUCUGACCUGACCAGACACUGAUGAC